AUGAAUGCAUCACAAGUAGAAACAAAUCUCGAUGGUCUUCAUCUCAAACUAAUUCCUAUUCCAUUAAUCAAGAAGCAGUUCACUGUUCUUAUAAGGCAAAUUUUCGGACAUCUGCUCGAUCGAGUACAAAAUGAGAGAAGAAUUCCACAAUUCAUUCAAGUCACACGCAAGCAACUACCAAUUGUACUUGCCUUCGCAAUAACUACAUACAAAGCGCAUGGACUCGCGGUGAACAAAAAUGUAGUCGAUCUUCAAGUUCCACUUCAGACAUUGCAAGUGGCGUCAGUAUAUGUAGCACUCAGCAGAGUGAAGAGAGCGGAAGAUACAGUCAUUCUUCGACCUUUUGAUAUGAAGGUUCUACCAAAACGUCGUGAAUUAUUGAAUAAACCUACUAUUCAGGAAAUUGCCAUACAAUCAAGUAUUUCCAAAGCAUCAUGUGGCUCCAAUGAAGGAUCCAUGAGUGAAUCCAUGGUUCAAUUCCAUGAAACAGGUCCAUCGAAAUGGGAUUCAAAUGUGAUUAUCCAUUACUCAUAUGAAAGCCGACUGUCUAAUUACAAAAGGGAUGUUCAUCAACUAUGGAAUCAACACUUUCGUCAAACUCCAGUGACCCAUACACGCCUGAUCAUAGGAACCAAAAGCAAUCCCAAUUUGACCAAACGACUUGUUAUGCAUCCAUCGAAAUUCCUGGUAAACUCUUCUAACUGCUCUGUUGGUCACGACACUUACAUCAAUCUCAACCAUGAAUGUCAACAAAUUAUCAAUGACAUGAAAAGUCAAAUAUUCUUCGACCACUAUUUGGAAUAUCGCCAUCUCAUGUUCCUCUUAAACAAUCGUACAACCAUUGCAUAUAAACUAAUUGAGCUGUUAUUCGAUCGGAUCAAUAAAUUAAACGUACCAUCAGAUGUUCGUGAUAGGCUGCUUUGCAAUCUACACGAGGUUAGCAUGGCGUUCACUCCUGUCGAUAUCUACAUCGACGACAACAAUAGUUUCCGUCCUGAUUUUGAUUCAGAAUCUGAAUCUCAAGGAGAAUUACUCGUUGAUCAUCCAAAUGGUGAUAUCAAUUCGACUGGCAGUAGUUACGAAUAUGACGUUCCAGAGAAUAUCCAACUCGAUGAUUACCAACUCGAGCAUGGCGUGGGUGAUGGUGUGGGUGGGUGUGGGGUGGGUGCGGAUGGGUUAAUAUCAAUGUGA